AUGGAAGCCACUCAGGAAUCCACCCAGCCAUGUGCUGAUCCCCGCCGAAUGGGAAUGAAUAACUCUGGCAUCCAAGAUCAAGACCUGGCCGACAUCAUCUGUAUCCUUCAUCCGAACUCGCAUGCUGCUCAUGAUGCUGUUGGUGCUACUGGAGGAAUAUGUGCUCAGCAUAUCCUCCAAAGGGACAUACUGCAGCACGAAUCCUCUCACACAGCAGCAUUAGAUUUGGCGUUGAGGCUCUCGUCAAAAGUUCACAAUCUGGGACUUGGCUUUUGCUUUGGUCGCAAUCGCUCCCGUUGUGAUGUUCUUCUGAGUGUUGAUGAUGAUGCUAAACGAGUGUCGAAUACCCACUUUCGCAUAUUCCUAACCGAGGACGGUAUUCUCAUGCUUCAGGAUACGUCGACAAAUGGCACCAUCGUGGACAAUUGCCGCCUCCGAAAGUCCCAGAAGGAUGGGAAUAGUCGAAUGCUCACAAACGGAUCUGUCAUCCAAGUCAUCACCGGAUCCCAAACCUCCGACGAGGUCCGCUUCGUGGUUCGAAUUCCAUCACGAGAAGGCUUCGCUGUCCAAUAUCACCAGAACUUGUUUCGUUAUUUCGAACGAGUUCAUGCACAUACCCCGGCGCAUAAAGAACGACAGGGACCAGGCCCGUCUGCUUUAGCGUGGUCAUCCGCCAACGCUUAUGGCAUGCAUUGGACCGGUGGUGCCGAGUACAACGUGACCGGACAGAUUGGAAAGGGUGCUUUCGCUACUGUGUACAAGAUUGCAACCAAGCAACAUGGCGCCAUCUAUGCUGCAAAAGAACUCGACAAGCGCCGCUUCAUGAAAAACGGCAUCCUUGAUCAAAAGGUUGACAAUGAGAUGAAGAUCAUGAGAGAUCUCACACAUCCGAAUAUCGUUCAAUACAUCGAUCACCACGAGCAUGAUCGAUGGAUCUAUAUCAUCAUGGAGUAUGUUCCAGGCGGCGAGCUGUCGACAUACCUGCAGACCCAGGGAAGAAUUGCCGAGGAGAUGGUGAGAACGAUCGCACGACAAGUGUUACGAGCGCUUCACUAUUUGCAUAAACGCCGCAUUACCCAUCGAGACAUCAAACCGGACAACAUCCUGAUUGCCUCACUUGACCCGCUCAGAAUCAAAUUAUCUGACUUUGGGUUGUCGAAAGUCGUGGAGCAGGAGACUUUUUUGAAGACUUUUUGUGGAACGCUUCUAUACUGUGCGCCGGAGGUGUACCCGGACUAUGAUCAAUACCGCCGUGGCGAGCUCCGAAAGAGGCGUCGCGUUGGUGACCCACCCCCCAAAACAUCUCCGUACAGCCAAUCUGUUGACAUGUGGUCGCUAGGAGCAGUUCUUUUCCAUAUCCUGUCCGGCAUUCCACCAUAUUCAGGACGUGCAGAAGAUCGAGGUGUCCAGAUGCUUCGCACCAUUAUGACAAGUGACGCUGAUUUCGACGCCUUACGUAAUGCAGGUGUGUCUGAGUCUGGCAUCGACUUUGUCGCCCAGCUUCUCAACCGGGACCCUUUCUCUCGUCCGACAGAGAAGGAGUGUUUCCAGCACCCUUGGAUCGCGGAGGUCCCUGAUGUGGACGAGUAUGAGGAUGAUGAUGACUUGCUAUCUGACCACCAAGAUGGGCUUUCAAUCAUUGGCGAGGAUGCAGAGGACGAGCUAGACGCUUCGCAAUUGUCUAUCGCUGACGGUAUGGGCUACGUCCACGAAGCUGACGGCGAAGAGGGUAGCGGCAGUGAAGCAAUCUCCAAACGGCCCCGCAUCGAGUACAUUCCCACCGAUGUACGCUACCCCAGCCUUCCAAAUAUUGAGAGCUUCCAAGAUGGGCAAGCGGUGGUGGACGAUCAUGCCAAACGUUUGUUUGGGGAAGUUUCCGCCUCAGCUCUGCGGAGCUCCCACGCACUUGGCAAUCUGGAUGCCUACGACGCCAACAAUUUUCACGUUGACUUUCUCUCUUCCGGUGAGUCGAUGAUGAGCGACGAUCCCAACGACUCGAUUAUUUCCCUCCCAGCGGUACCCUUCGGUGGCACUGCGCCCAGUUUGAUGGGUGCAGAGAAACUCGUUGGGCAACUCAACAUGAAUUCCUUGAACCCCACUCUACAACUCAAGGGUGGCCCGGUUAACAGAUCCUCCUUGCGGCAGACCACUCCUGGGCACAUCAAGGACGCAAUGCCAGCUAGUAACCUCCACAUGGAUUCUGUUCCGCCGACUUCGAGCCCUAAGGAACAACCUAUCUCGAGUCCCCAGGAGCCAACCCCGAAAGCAAAGUUCACGCGUCGGAUUGACCUUGCUCUUGCAAUCCCCGACACAGCCAGUGAGGCAUCUAGCGAUAAUAGUGCCCACAACAGUCGCCGUGACACUGCUCCCAACAACCCCUCUCGCCCCUCCAAAUCAGAAUACGACCUCGAGUUUGCUACUACCCUUGAUGCGCAGACCGGCCAAGCUAUCUUGGAUCGCGUCCAUGCAGAGGAAUCAGACUCAUCAGAACCGAUUGUUCAUCGACCCAACCCACCCCCGGUUCCUUCCACGCUCUCUGAUCCCGACUUCGCCAAACCACCAAAGAGAUAUGGAAAACUGAAGAGUCUUCCCGGUUCGAUAUUCGACCUGACAAUCUACCUUGAGGAUAGACUCACCUCGUGGGGUCGAGGGCCAUUGGCGACCGUCAAGCAUGCGGACAGAAUGGACACGAGAAUCCCCGCCUAUGCCGUAGAAGUCACAUUCUGGACCCCAGGAAUCGAGGCGAGAAUCGCAUCAGGUGAAAGCUGGCUCGACAUUCCAGGGGUGAUGGCUAUCCUCUCCACCAAAGCGCGUCUUGGAAUUUGGGUAAAUGACACACCGCUACGCCGCGGCUCUAUGACUGAGGAUGGUCCCGAGGCUUUACAAUUCGGGAAGCUUUACACGGGCGACGUCAUCACUGUGUACCAAAACAAAGACAGAUCGAAGUUCCUCAAGUUCCAGUGUGACUUUACUCAUGGCGAGAGCGCCCAGCCCCGGCCCGGACACGAGGCCGGGUUCAUGGUGCGACAGGCUCUAAUGAGCAAGGCCGACGGGACAGCGAACCGAAUGCCGAUUCGGUCCGAAUGCAAGGAUCGGGAUUAG